UCUCCAGUCUGCCAGAGGAUAGCAGUCGUGCUCCCAGUGGAAGAUGGCGGUGGGGAUGCUGUCUGGGGCUGGAGCAGUGUGCUGGAUUUGCACAAAAAGCGAACCCGAAUGGAUAUAAAGGAAAACAUGAACAUAUUUCUAUCUCUUCUCCUCGAGGUCUGGACUCUUUCGAGGUUGUUUAGCUAGAGUGUGCUGCCUUUUUUUCUGGCAGAAAUCCGGGCUUCUUGUCGGGGAUUCACCGACUAUACAUCGCUAGCUCAGCUCAUAGACAGGGUGGGAGUGAAAAGUGGACGAAAAUGUCGGAUUCAAAGGUAAAAGUUGCAGUGAGAGUUCGGCCCAUGAACCGCAGAGAAAUUGAACUGAAUACAAAAUGUGUCGUGGAUAUGGAGGACAACCAAACAGUUCUGCACCCUCCACCCUCAAAUGCAAAAGGAGACAACAGGAAACAAUCUAAGGUGUUCGCUUUUGACCACUGUUUCUGGUCCAUCGAUGAGUCCAACGUUCCCAAAUAUGCUGGUCAAGAGGUGGUGUUCAAGUGCCUUGGAGAGGGAAUACUUGAAAAUGCAUUCCAGGGAUAUAAUGCCUGCAUAUUUGCCUAUGGACAAACAGGUUCAGGCAAGUCCUUUUCCAUGAUGGGGAAUGGGGAGCAGCCGGGUUUAAUCCCUCGACUCUGCUGCUCGCUGUUUGAGAGGGUCCACAGAGUGGAGAACGAGGGCCAUACUUUUAAGGUGGAGGUGUCCUACAUGGAAAUCUACAACGAGAAGGUCCGUGACCUGCUCGAUCCUAAAGGGAGCCGACAUUCCCUGAAAGUUCGGGAACACAAAGUCCUGGGUCCAUACGUGGACGGUCUGUCUCAGCUGGCUGUGACCAACUUUGAGGACAUCGAGGUGUUAAUGUCGGAGGGGAACAAAUCUCGCACAGUCGCAGCCACCAACAUGAAUGAGGAGAGCAGUCGAUCACAUGGCGUCUUCAGUAUCAUUGUCACACAAACACUUUAUGAUCUAAAGUCUGGGAAUUCAGGGGAGAAAGUGAGCAAGCUGAGUCUGGUUGACCUGGCUGGAAGUGAGCGAGUGUCCAAGACUGGAGCUGCGGGGGAGAGACUCAAAGAGGGCAGCAAUAUUAACAAGUCUCUCACCACGUUAGGCUGUGUGAUUUCUGCUCUGGCUGAUCAGUCUGCAGGAAAGGGGAAGGCCAAGUUUGUGCCGUACAGAGACUCAGUCCUCACCUGGCUACUGAAGGACAACCUUGGCGGCAACAGCAAGACAGCCAUGAUAGCCACGGUGAGUCCAGCAGCCGAUAACUACGAGGAGACUCUGUCCACGCUGCGCUAUGCUGACAGAGCCAAGAGAAUUGUCAACCACGCCGUGGUGAACGAAGACCCCAACGCUCGGAUCAUCAGAGAGCUCAGGGAAGAGGUGGAGAAGCUCAAAGUUCAACUCUCCCAGGCCGAGUCAUUGAAGGCUCCUGAGCUGAAGGAGAAACUGCACGAGUCUGAGAAACUCAUUCAGGAGAUGACUGUCACCUGGGAGGAGAAACUGAGAAAGACCGAGGAGAUUGCCACUGAACGGCAGAAGCAGCUGGAGAGCAUGGGCAUCUCUCUGGAAACAUCAGGGAUUAAAGUGGGUGAAGACAAGUGUUUCCUGGUCAAUCUGAAUGCUGAUCCUGCCCUAAAUGAGCUACUAGUCUACUAUUUGAAGGAGCACACGCGUGUGGGCGCGGACACGUCUCAGGACAUCCAACUCUUUGGGAUCGGUAUCCUGCCGGAGCACUGCGCUCUGGAGCUUUGCCCGGACGGUGAUGUCACCCUGAUGCCGAUAGGGAAUGCCAGGAGCUGUGUGAACGGAACAAUGAUUGAUUCCUUGGUGCACCUGUGGCAUGGAGAUCGGAUCUUAUGGGGAAACAAUCACUUCUUCAGGAUCAAUCUGCCUAACCGAAAGCGGCGGGACCGUUUAAAGGAGCUGGAGGGAGCUUCCCCGAGAGAGAGCUUCAUCGAGGCAGAUGUGGAGACCGCUAGCGAGGCCUCUUCUGAGCAGGACUGCAGCUAUGAGUUUGCCCAAAUGGAGGUCAUAAUGAAGACUCUGGGAAACAAUGACCCCAUGCAGAAUGUGGUGCAGGUGCUGGAGAAGCAGUACCUGGAGGAGAAGCGGACGGCUCUGGAGGAGCAGAGGGUGAUGUAUGAACGAGAGCUGGAGUCGCUACGACAACAGCUGUCUCCAGAGAAAACGCCUCAACACCACCGCAGCAGCAGCGAGCGCCUUAUGUUCCCGACGCACACCCCACACGGCAAGCUGCGACUGUGGACAGAGGAGCGGGAUGAGCUUUUUCGCCAGAGUCUUUCUCGACUCAGGGAGCAGGUCGUGAAAGCCAACACCUUGGUGCGAGAAGCCAACUUUUUGGCCGAGGAGAUGAACAAACUGGCUGACUAUCAGGUCACCCUUCAGAUUCCUGCAGCCAACCUCAGCGCCAACCGCAAGCGUGGAGCGAUAGUGAGCGAGCCGGCCAUUCAGGUGCGAAAAAAGGGGAAGGGGACCCAGGUGUGGACCAUUGAGAAGCUGGAAAACAAACUGGUGGAUAUGAGAGACCACUACAGGGACUGGAAGGAAGGCACAGAGGAGAUGUAUAACAAGGCACACAGUAAAUACUGUGAUCCCUUCUAUGAGGCGCAAGAGAACCACAACCUGAUAGGAGUGGCCAACAUUUUUCUGGAGUGCCUUUUCCAUGAUGUCAAACUGCAAUAUGCAGUCCCCAUCAUCAGCCAGCAGGGAGAGGUAGCAGGCAGGUUGCACAUUGAGCUAAUGCGAGUGAGUGGAGCUGUACCAGAGCGCCUGUCUGGGGGAGACGACUCUUCAGAGAACUCCAGUGAGAGUAGCUGCUACGAGGUGAUGGACACCAACGGGGAGAUCGUCCACAUGGCCAAGAGGCUCACCUGCAGGGUGCGGAUCAGGGAGGCCACAGGUUUGCCGAUCAACCUGUCCAACUUUGUUUUCUGUCAGUACACCUUCUGGGAGCACGGGGAGCCCACUGUGGCUCCUCCCAUGGUCAGCCCAGACAGUCCUUCCCCUCGAAGCCCAGAUGCCCAGUUUACUGUCCAGUUUGAUAACUGCAAGGACUACAUUGUGCAUGUGACAGAUGAGUUUUUGGAGUUUAUAUCAGAUGGAGCGUUGGCCAUAGAAGUGUGGGGUCACCGCUGUGCCGGGAACGGAAUUUCGCUCUGGGAGUUAGACGCACUGGAAGCCAAGACCCAGACGCUCCGAGACAGGUGGAGUGAGGUGUCUCGCAGGAUCGAGUUGAUGAUCUCCAUCCAGGAGCUGAAUGAGCAGGGAGAGUACUCAUCUGUGGAGCUGCACCCUGGAAAAGAUAUCAGCACAGGAGGAGUCUUCCAACUCCGACAGGGUCACUCCAGGAGGCUGCAGGUGUGUGUGAAUCCAGUCCAAAACUCAGGCACUCUGCCUCUGCUGGUGGAGGCUGUGCUGUCUGUCUCUAUUGGCUGCGUGUCUGCUCGCUGCACCAAACUACAGAGACCACUGGACAGCUACCAGAGAGAGGAGGAAGACGAUAUGGAUAGUUAUCAGGAAGAAGAUCUCAACUGUGUUCGAGAGCGCUGGUCAGAGGCCCUGAUCAAACGUCGGGAGUACCUCGAUGAACAAAUCAAGAAAAUCAUCAACAAACACGAGAAGUCAGAGGAGGAUAUUGAGCGUGAGGCUCGGCUGGUGGAGCAGUGGGUUGGCCUGACUGAAGAGAGAAACGCAGUGCUGGUACCUGCACCUGGCAGUGGCAUCCCUGGAGCUCCUGCGGACUGGAGCCCGCCUGCAGGAGUGGAAGCUCACAUCCCUGUGCUCUUCCUGGAUUUAAAUGCGGAUAAUCUGACAGCAAACGAGCAGCUGACCGGACCGCAUGCUGCAGGCGUUAACUCUAUCCUGCCCAAAGAGCAUGGGAGCCAGUUCUUCUAUCUGCCCAUCAUCAGGCACAGUGAUGAGGAGGUGUCUGCAGUGUGUUCCUGGGACUCAUCCAUCCACGAUUCUGUGCACCUCAACCGCAUCACGUCUCCUAACGAACGCAUUUACCUGAUCAUCAAAGCCACGGUGCAGCUCAGCCACCCUGCCUCCAUGGAGCUGGUGCUUCGCAAGAGGAUCGCUGUCAACAUCUACAACAAACAGAGUUUCACCCAGAGUCUCAAAAGAAGAAUGUCCUUAAAGAAUGCUCUUUACUCCUGUGGUGUGACUUAUGAGAUCGUUUCCAACAUACCAAAGGCCUCAGAGGAGCCGGAGGAACGGGAAACCUUGGCCCUCAUGGCUGCUCGGGGAGACAGCGGGGAGACUCAGGAUGGAGAAACCUACAUAGAGAAGUACACACGGGGAGUUCUGGAAGUGGAAAACAUCCUCAGUCUGGAGAGGCUGCGACAGGCUGUGACAGUGAAGGAAGCGCUCACUACCAAGGGGAGACACCUAAGAAGGAGUAUCAGCACACCAAAUGUACAGCAUUCUUCAUGUAGUAAAACUGACCUGACUGGUUGUGAGGAUGAAGACUAUAAGGAACACUGUGAUCAUGUGGACAGCAACAACUGCAAUCCUCCGGAGGGCUCGCUUUGCACCACACCCAUCAAAAGCAAGGAGAAUCCAGGUUUGGUUCCAGAGAGCCCUACGUUUUUCAACUCCAUCCCCUUUAAAGUCCUCUCGCCUCAGCCACCUAAGUUCCUCAAGUCUCUGCUGCCUGUCAAAGAGGAGAACAAGGCGAAGAAAGUCCUGGAGGCCCGGCCGCUGCUGGGGCAAGAGAGCAUGCGCUCAUGUGUGGACAGCCCUGCACUGCUCCCCCCUCCCUGCCCCUGGCGCCGGCCCAGGGCAGGCAGCGAGGGCCACUGCAAGCCUGCCACCACCACCCCCACCUCCACCUCCACCUCCACCACUCCCACCAGCAGACAGCUCAGCCACAUACUGCCACACACUGCUGACUCUGAGGACGAGGAGACGGAUGUGGACAUGAUUCUGAAUCUCGAUCGGAGCCCUGAGGACCACAGCAGCUUCCAGCCUUACAUCCCAGAGACCUUUGCAAACUUUGAGAUCUACAACGCCAAUCUGGAGAACCAGGAGGGGUUUCUAUCCUCCCGGUCUGAUUUGAAGGGAAGCCGGUGUGGAGUCGGGAGUGGAGAGAGGGAGGUGUCUCGAAGCCCCACAGCCAGCAGUUGCACUAGUGGCUACUUUUCGCACAGCGCCUCCGACGCUACGCUGUCUGACAUGCCUUUCAGUGCCAGUGAGAGCUCUGACCACCUCAGCUGCACCUCCAGAGACCCCCACGACCCUCUCGGCUGCCCUGCUGGAAGAGGCUGCUCCCAAACCAAAAGUGUUUCUGCAGAGAGUGACAACCAGCAGCCUCCUCCCUCAGCAGCUGGGGUUCACGACCCUGCCUCAUCACCUGUCAGUAUCCCUCAUUGCGGAGACAAGCGGCAAACAUUUCCCCUGCCUCACAACUGUGUGCUCAGUGCCAGCCAGGAGUUCACUGACUUUAAAGGGGCUGAUGACAGUGUUAGAGACAGUGAUUUAGUGCAUUUCACAGAGGGAUGGGAGCAGGAGGGUUUGGAGAAAGAAACAUGUGACACUGGUAGUCGAAACUCGUCUGAUGUCUCUGGUAUUAUCAACACAUCUGUUCCUGAAGACACUUCAACUACUACAUGCAAAUGUCCAAAUAAUAAAGGCUCUGUUAGUGUAGCCAGAGCCCCAGUAUCUGUGCAUGACAAAGUCCCAGUUCCUUCUCCAGCAUCACCUUCCCUGGUCACACCGUUAUCUACAGCCCCAUCCUCUGCCCCAACUACCCGAGCAGGAGGAGAACCUCCAAUUGAGGAGCCAGCUCAGGGAGAUCUGCCCCACGGGAGUCCCUGUCCCAGUCCAAACCCCAGCAGCGCAGAGCCCUCAGGAGAUUCUAGCGGAGAUGAGAGCACCCCUGCAGCUCAGCUUCCUGAUUGGAUGGCCCCAGGGGAACAGGUUUGGGUUGGGAAGAGGAAAGGAACAGUCCACUAUGUUGGAGGGGUGGAGUUUGCUAAGGGGAUCUGGAUUGGUGUGAAGCUUGACAUGGCAGUGGGUAAGCACAACGGGACUGUCCAUGACAGGGUGUACUUCCGCUGCCCCCCAGGUCACGGUGUGUUUGUGAAGCCGUCUCGUCUCAACAGAGGACCGCCCUCCAUGGACACAGAACCCCAGACUCUCAUCAGAUAGGACCCAAAGAAGGACCGUCUUUCUGUGGCAUGGCAGGGACCCGAGGGUGGUGCUUAGAUUCAGCGCCUAAGGGUGAACGACAGGCUGAUUUCAGCGUGGCUCCUCUCCUUGUGAUGGAGAUGUAUUCUGCUUCUCCUUAAGCAUAUCUGACCUGUACAUUUAAUGAAGGUGUAUCCUGAUUACUGUUCACUAAAAAUUCACUAUGCACAUAUCUUGAGUUUUCUAUACGGGGAUAUUUUUUGAUAGAGAACUUCACUUUUAACUGGGAGUCCAUAUGGAAAUAUUAUCCACAUACAUUUUCUUACAUUGGUUUCUAAACGUUAUAUAAUAUUUUUGUAAAACAAUGCAUCCUUUCUGAGGCUCAUAGUGGAGUAAUCUGGGAUAUGAAGAUUAAGAAUGUACUACUGUUUAAGCAUUGAUAUUUACAUCAAUAUGAUCUGUCAGGGGUAACCAAAGAACUUCGGUUCCAUAUCUGCUGUUAUGAGUAAUAUGUUAUUUUUCUAAUGUGCGUAUGUGGAGGUAAACACUAUAUAUCUAUACGUGUCCAAGUAAAGCUUAGUGCCAUAUCUCUAGGAGUAAUGCCACAUACCCUGAACGGAGGACAAAUCUGCUAAAUCUGACUGCAGUUAUGUUAAAUGAUCCUGUUGAAGUACUGAAACACUGUGGAGGAAAUAAUCCCCAUCCAGCAUGAGACUGUUGCUGUUUGAAAGCUUGCACUGGAAAGGAUUCUUGGAGAGUUUGCCGAGUGUCUUCCAUAUUGGACUGAUGAGAUAUUUUCUAUCUGAAGUGACUGAGAAACACAUGUGUGAUCACUUUAAUCCGGGGGAACAAAGCAGCUGGGCUUUGUCCAAGGCCUGGAUGUACUGAUGCCUUAAUGCCCUGUUUCCAUAAAGGCAGGCACAUAAACCCCAGACUGCUCUAUGAACUCCAUAACAAGUUCACGGAGUUUUAAACUAACUAAUUGUAUGGACCUGAAACCUGUGUAUGUAUAUCAUGAUGCCCAGAGGCAUUCAAAAUGCCACCCAGCCUCGCUGACUGACUGAAUACCUUUUUAACUGAGUGUCCAUCUGCAUUUUAUAUGUUAGCUGACUGAUAUAUAACACUACAUGUUAAAAGGUACUCAAUAAUUCUUUUUUUUUUUCACAUGGAGGAUUGGAUGAAUGGAUGAUGGACGAUAUAAGUUACAGAAGACAGCGCAAAAGUAGUUUAGUAAUGAAGAAGAGCUGGACUUGUAUUUUUAUGGAAGUGGUGAGAACUGUGGAACUGACUAGAAAUAGUUAUAAAUCCAAGCUGUAAUUUCAAGUAAAUGAAACGAACCCAAGACCUUACUUUAAAGAAGAGAACAAAGCUGCUCUCCCUCAUAAGGAGUUGUAAAUAGAAAUGUAUUUGAACAUAGUAUUUACAAUAUUAUAAUGUACAGAAUUGUAUUUAUAAUGUAUCGCAAACUGUUUUAAUUGGUACAAAAAUGUUCUAGAAUAGAACAUUUACAAUCAG